UAGCCAUCGAAAUUUGAACCUUUUUGCUUUUCGCCCAAAUUUUAGUCUUUUCGAUUUGAUCGAUUGAGAGAGAAAAGAAGAGAGAGAGAAAAGAGAAAAUGGCGGAAGCUGUGAUCGCUUGCCACACUGUUGAGGAGUGGAGUCAGCAAUUUGAGCAGGCUAAGCAAUCCAAGAAUCUCGUGGUGGUCUACUUCACAGCUACUUGGUGCGGACCGUGCCGCAUGAUGGGCCCAAUUUACGCCGAACUGGCUAAGAAGUACGCUGGGGUUGUUUUCCUCAAGGUUGAUGUUGAUGAGCUCGAGGGUGUCGCUAAGGAGUGGGAGGUAGAAGCCAUGCCUACCUUUGUGUAUUUGAAGGAAGGUAAUGUUCUGGACAAGCUUGUUGGUGCUAACAAGGAUGCUCUGCCCGCCAAGAUUGAAAUGCACAAGUGAUGCGUGCUUGCUAUAUAUUAGGAUCUUGGACGCCCUGUGCGUGUAUGCUUUGCUAGUAAGUGAUGUAGUAAGUAAAAUCAUGUAUGCUCUCUAGGGAUUCAAUUGUUGAAUAGUGGUACAAUGUGUGGUUGAUGAAUUUGAACUUAUAGAGAAUUGCUAUUACAUACUUGCUUAGCGUAAUUGUAUUGGUGAAACCUUGGUCUGAAAUCUAUGGAAUAAUUGUGCGAAA